UGGAAAAUGGUGUUAAUGAAGAAAAUAGAAAUAUUUUAAUGACCGAUGAAGACGAUGAUAUACUCUGCCAGUUGCCAGAUGAAGUACUUGAUUAUUCUGAUAAUGUUGGUCCUCCAGAUGACAUGUUGGAUUAUGCAGAUGAUGGUUAUCCUGAGCCUCAUGAAUUAUCUCCAGUUUCAAAUGAAAGAUCCUUUGGGAAUAAUAGGCCUACAUCUAGCACUACUGUUUUAGAUUAUAAUAGAUCUAAUGUUCCAAGUUCUUCAGUUGCUAAGAACACUCCAAGUGGUUUAAGAAAACCGAGUUUAUUUCCAUCAUUAGAGGAUUUGAGGCUAGGCGAAUGUAAUCAAAUUGGUCAAAAUGCCUUUAAAAGCGUCAGCGCCAGUAAUGCAAAAAAGUAAUCCAUUUAAAGUUAAUAAAGCCCAGACGUUCUCCUGUAAAAGCAUCCAUCAGCAACAUUUCCUUCUACAAGUUUGUUGAACGCACAACCGAAGACCAAGAAGGCUUGCGAUAUUUCACUUACUGAAUCGGCUUCAGAUUCUUCAAAUGUUAGUAGUUUAAAUACAAACGAAUUGGUGCAUAAACAAACAAAUGUUGGAGAUAAUAGUGGACAUAAUAUGGGUUCGCAACUGAGGGCUUCAAAUUCUGUGGAAAGAAUGAAUGUUGAUGAAGAUUUGUAUCCAAAAUUUAAAUCCUUAAAAGUAAAAGUAAAAUCUAUAAAUAAACUAAAAAUACGAAACGGUGAAUGGUUCUGCCUUGCAGAUGUUAUUAUUGGAAAUGAAUCUUCAAGUGUGUCUUUUAGCAAUGAGGUAUUAGAAAAAAUGUUUGGUGUAUCAGCAGCGGAGUCUGAAGUUUGGCGAGGACAGAUGGCAGCUAAUCCUCAGUUUAAGAAGAAACUUAAUGAUAUUAUAUAUGCUGGCCAAACAAAACUGAAGUUACUAGACUGUCCGAUGGUUCUUGAAUACUCUUCCGAAGAUUGUACACCUCUUGUUAUUUCUAUCAAUUCACCAAAAAUAUGAUUUUCACAUAAACCUGAC